AUGUCGCACACAACUUCGAGGCUUCUGUGGAAGUCCAUUUCCUCCACGUCAUCGACACAAUGCCGGCGAUGCAUCUCCCAAGCAGCGAUUCCUAAGCAGACCCGGCCGACUGCCGUGCCGAACAUGUUCCAGACGAGACCCUCUCCAGCGCAGAGGAGGACAAAGACAUACAAGACAGUAGAGGAGGCAAAGAGCAGAUACAGAGCGGGGCCCUUCUCAUGGAAGGCCGGUGUUUUGUUCGUCGCUACUGGUGUCGGCCUGACAUGGUACUUUGAAUACGAGAAGCAGCGCAUGGAGCGCAAGCGCAUCGCAGAGGCUACCAAGGGCAUGGGCCGGCCCAAGGUUGGAGGACCAUUCGAGUUGAUUGACCAAAACGGAAACAAGUUCACAAGCGAGGACAUGAAAGGUCGCUACGCACUGGUCUACUUUGGCUUUACGCACUGCCCCGAUAUCUGCCCCGACGAGCUCGACAAGAUGGCGCAGAUGUACGACCUCGUCGAGCAGAAGCGGCCCGGUUCGAUCCUCCCCAUCUUUAUCACCUGCGACCCGGAGCGCGACAACCCCGCGGUGAUCAAGGAGUACCUCUCCGAGUUCCACCCCAAGUUCAUUGGUCUGACGGGCACCUACGACGAGAUCAAGGCCAUGUGCAAGCUGUACCGCGUCUACUUCAGCACGCCGCAGCACGUCAAGCCCGGCCAGGACUACUUGGUUGACCACAGCAUAUACUUUUACCUGAUGGACCCCGAGGGCGACUUCGUCGAGGCGCUGGGACGCCAGCACUCCCCGUCGGCGGCGGCCAAGAUCAUCUUGGACCACAUGAACGACUGGGAGGGUGGAUGGAAGAAGGACUAA